UCCGGAAGGGAGCCUCCGAGCCCGGAUCCUGGGCUGGCAGGGGUCUCCCCUGCGCUCGGACCUCGGCUCCCACCCGCGACCCCACCGCGGCGGAGGAGCCCUGGGAGGAGCCGGGCACCUCCUCGGCCCUCGGGCUUGGGGCAGGAGCAGGGACGCUCGGGAAGCGCGGAGGGGGCGGCACCGCGCCGAGGGGGCGGGCCCCAAACUUUCGUGCGCCUUGAAAGCGGCAGGCGCGGCGGAGCCGACUCCACCCCAGCCCGGCAGCCCCGCGCCUCGGGCCGCACGUCCCGCUCUCUGCGCAGCCCGCCGCCCCCGCCAUGGCGAAGCCCCUGACAGACCAGGAGAAGCGGCGGCAGAUCAGCAUCCGCGGCAUCGUGGGCGUGGAGAACGUGGCCGAGCUGAAGAAGGGCUUCAACCGGCACCUGCACUUCACGCUGGUCAAGGACCGCAACGUGGCCACCCCCCGGGACUACUUCUUCGCGCUGGCACACACGGUGCGCGACCACCUGGUGGGGCGCUGGAUCCGCACGCAGCAGCACUACUACGACAAGUGCCCCAAGAGGGUUUAUUACCUCUCUUUGGAAUUUUACAUGGGUCGAACAUUACAGAACACCAUGAUCAACCUCGGUCUGCAAAAUGCCUGUGAUGAGGCCAUUUACCAGCUUGGAUUGGACAUAGAAGAGUUAGAAGAAAUUGAAGAAGAUGCUGGACUUGGCAAUGGUGGUCUUGGGAGGCUUGCUGCCUGCUUCUUGGAUUCCAUGGCAACCCUGGGACUAGCAGCCUAUGGAUAUGGCAUCCGGUAUGAAUAUGGAAUCUUCAAUCAGAAAAUCCGAGAUGGAUGGCAGGUAGAAGAAGCAGAUGAUUGGCUCAGACAUGGAAACCCGUGGGAGAAGUCCCGCCCAGAAUUCAUGCUGCCUGUGCACUUCUAUGGAAAAGUGGAACACACCAAGACCGGGACCAAGUGGAUUGACACUCAGGUGGUCCUGGCUCUGCCAUAUGACACCCCGGUGCCUGGAUACAUGAAUAACACGGUCAACACCAUGCGCCUCUGGUCUGCUCGGGCACCCAAUGACUUUAACCUCAGAGACUUUAAUGUUGGAGACUACAUUCAGGCUGUGCUGGACCGAAACCUGGCUGAGAACAUCUCCCGGGUCCUCUAUCCCAAUGACAAUUUUUUUGAAGGGAAGGAGCUCAGAUUGAAGCAGGAAUACUUCGUGGUGGCUGCAACCUUGCAAGAUAUCAUCCGCCGAUUCAAAGCCUCCAAAUUUGGCUCCACUAGUGGUGCAGGAACGGUGUUUGAUGCCUUCCCGGAUCAGGUGGCCAUCCAGCUGAAUGACACUCACCCUGCACUCGCCAUCCCUGAGCUGAUGAGGAUUUUUGUGGAUAUUGAAAAAUUGCCCUGGUCCAAGGCGUGGGAGCUCACCCAGAAGACCUUCGCUUACACCAACCACACGGUGCUCCCAGAAGCCCUGGAACGCUGGCCCGUGGACCUGGUGGAGAAGCUGCUCCCUCGACAUUUGGAAAUCAUUUAUGAGAUAAAUCAGAAGCAUUUAGAUAGAAUUGUGGCCUUAUUUCCUAAAGAUGUUGACCGUCUGAGAAGGAUGUCUCUGAUAGAAGAGGAAGGAAGCAAAAGGAUCAACAUGGCCCAUCUCUGCAUUGUGGGCUCCCAUGCUGUGAAUGGCGUGGCUAAAAUCCACUCUAACAUCGUGAAGACUGAAGUAUUCAAGGACUUCAGUGAGCUAGAACCUGACAAGUUUCAGAAUAAAACCAACGGGAUCACUCCAAGGCGCUGGCUUUUACUCUGCAACCCAGGACUUGCAGAGCUCAUAGCAGAGAAAAUUGGGGAAGACUAUGUGAAAGACCUGAGCCAGCUGACGAAGCUCCACAGCUUCCUGGGUGAUGAUGUCUUCCUCCGGGAACUCUCUAAUGUGAAGCAGGAGAAUAAGCUGAAGUUUUCUCAGUUCCUGGAGAAGGAGUACAAAAUGAAGAUCAACCCAUCCUCCAUGUUUGACGUCCACGUGAAGAGGAUACACGAGUACAAGCGACAGCUCUUGAACUGUCUGCACGUGAUCACGAUGUACAACCGCAUUAAGAAAGACCCUAAGAAGUUAUUCGUGCCAAGGACAGUUAUCAUUGGUGGUAAAGCUGCCCCAGGAUAUCACAUGGCCAAAAUGAUCAUAAAGCUGAUCACUUCAGUGGCAGAUGUGGUGAACAAUGACCCCAUGGUUGGAAGCAAGUUAAAAGUAAUCUUCUUGGAGAACUACAGAGUAUCUCUUGCUGAAAAAGUCAUUCCAGCCACAGAUCUGUCAGAGCAGAUUUCCACUGCAGGCACCGAAGCCUCAGGGACAGGCAAUAUGAAGUUCAUGCUAAAUGGGGCCCUAACCAUCGGGACCAUGGAUGGGGCCAACGUGGAAAUGGCAGAGGAAGCCGGGGAAGAGAACCUGUUUAUCUUUGGCAUGAGGGUAGAUGAUGUGGCUGCUUUGGACAAGAAAGGGUACAAGGCAAAAGAAUACUAUGAGGCACUUCCAGAGCUGAAGCUGGUCAUCGAUCAAAUUGACAAUGGCUUUUUUUCUCCUAAGCAGCCUGACCUCUUCAAAGACAUCAUCAACAUGCUAUUUUAUCAUGACAGGUUUAAAGUCUUCGCAGACUAUGAAGCCUAUGUCAAGUGUCAAGAUAAAGUCAGCCAGCUGUACAUGGUCAGUGCAGCAGCUGAAGUCCACUGGUGGGACUUUGAGCCCCAGACACCACAACCCACCCUGACCAGUACCCUGAAGACCUCUCAAAAGACAACCAUACUGAGGGCCCGAGGAAAAUAUUAUGACUCUCGAACAGGAUGGAUGAGGACUUAUGAAACAGGUUGGAGGAAUAAAUAACUAGAAGAAGGAAAUGCUUUUUGGUGUCAGAGCCCGCUCGGACAUGUCAAGGUGAGUGAUCAAUGGCUCCCCACUGGGCCCGCGUUCCUCUCAGUGAGGGCUGGAUGCCCAGAUCUUUGUAUCGCUUCUCAAUAUCGGCAUUUGAUGAACUGCUGAUAAACCACCUUUUUUUGCUUCUACACAGUGAAACUUAUUUCUAAUAAUACUCUUAGAAGCUAAAGGAAAAUGGGCUCCAGAAAGUGACUUUCAGAACAAGGGACGAUGUCAUCAAGCUAUACUAAACUAAGACUUCCCUAAAUCCUGUCCACUCUGCCGUUAAGUGCAAGACAAAGUGAAGGAAAGAGGCUCACAGCCCCAGAGGCACCAAAACCAUUUCUUCCCAAAAAUAGUCUACUUCCUAUUAACCACACUAAUACAAGAGCAUCAGAGCUAAUUCACAAGACAGAGAAUUUUUUUAUUAUGUCACAAUGCUAAUGCAGCCACAAAUUCGAUUUUAUUAUGAUGAAAUACAAGAUCCUUUCCAGAAUUUUUAAAUUUAAUUUUAUUGUAGAUGUUAUUUUAAGUUUGUGAUUAAGAAGUUAGUAGUUGUAGUCUUUAUUGUGACUGAGACUUCUGCUGUAAUAUUUGUCGGAAUAAGAUUGCACCUGUAUUUUCAGGAAGAAGCAUGAUGGUCUUUUUAAUGUUUCCUUUUUUUAAGAAAUUAAAAAUUUAUUUUUUAAAAAGUUUUAGGUUCAAAGCAAAACUGAGCACAAAAUACAGAGUUCCCACAUAACCCCUGUCCUCACACACAACCUUCUCUCUCUAUCAACAUCCCAAGCACCACAAUGGUACAUUUGUUACAAUCAUUAACCUACAUGGAUACAUUAUUACCAUCCAAAUUGCCUGGUUUACAUUAGGGCUCACUCUUGGUGUUGUAUAUUCUAUGGGCUUUCACAGAUGUAGAACGACAUGUAUUCACCAUUGUAGUAUCAUCCAGAAGAUUUCCACCGCCCUAGAAAUCCUCUGUGCUCUGCCUAUUCUUUCCUCCCUCACCCCUCAAGCCCUGGAAACUACUCAUCAAAAGGCAGAGAACUCUUAAAAGCCAUUUAUUUGCAUUUUUUCAUAGAGCCAAGUUUCUUAAACUUAUAUGUCAUGGAGCAUUUUGACAUAUAGUCAACUGAACAAUCUGGUUAAGGCUAUGGACCCAUUUCCAAAGGAAAAAAAAUGUAUCCAUACUUCAAAUUUUAUGUACAAUUGUGGAGAGGAGUUCUUGGGCCCUCUGAGGCUUCCAUGGAUUUCAAGUAUAGAGCCACUGUUUUUGCUGCCUCCACAGGUUCCCUGUAAUCUCCCGUUUGAGGAGAGUACCAUCUGGUACUCAUUACUUGCAGCUCAGGACUGCUGAUAGAAAGCUGACCCUUCUGGACAGAGAGCAAAAGUAAGCUGUAUCUCAUCCCAGAGCCAGGAAAUCUGGGAUCAUUGAGCCACUUGCAGAUUUACACAGAAAGACAGACACCCUGUGUGGUCCACAUGGUCCUUUAAAUAAGUAUAUUGUAACAUCAUGCCCAAGUUUACACAAUCAAUACAAAGUUAAACUGUGUUGAAAAUUUCCUGGGUUUCACAGGAAAUUGCAGUAAAUGUGGCUCUAAAAUGGACACAUCAAGAAAGCCCCUUGAGCAAAGGCAAGUCUUGAGAAAGCCAUCACCUGCCAGAAAAAGACAGGGAGGAAGGGAGUCACAGGCAGGUGCUCCUCCCAAGAUGGAAGAGAUCUGUGGGUUUCCCAGGCACAUCGCCCCUGCCCCAGGCUGAAGGGGCACAGUCAUAGCUGAUGAUCAUCACCCAAUAUAAUUAUACAGGCCCAGAAAGGCUCUGACAGCACAUCAAAGGGGAGCCAGGCUCCUGGGAGACGUUCUUUGUUACAAAGCGAGUUUGGGACUAUAGAGAAUGGGCUGAGGCCUAAAUAUUCUAGAUUAGAAUUAGUCAGAUGGUCUCCAGUACAGAGAUCAGAAUUCCAUGUGACCUCUGUAAGGAGUCAUAUUUUUGGUUAGUAGCAUUAAAGCUGAACAAGGGACUCUCCACUGCAGUGUUCUGAAAAGUCACUGAUGUGGAAAUGGCUCUUCCUUCCCCAUAAUGCAUGCCUAUUCCCUUUCCUGUCAUUCAUGGGUUCAACCCAUCAUUCCAGACACUCUUAGGGAGCAAAGGAAUCAUCCCUUUCUUUGAAAUCAACAUCCAAGUUUUGGAAGAGUUAUUCUUUUCUCCUUCUCAGUUAGAGAUCCACAUUAUUCUACAUAUAGAAUAAUCUUUUUAAGUGAAGCUUAUUGCCAGAACACCCUCAGAUUUCAACAAAGGAAAAGAAAUAUGUGAAGGCAUGCCUACAGAGUUAAAAACGGAGCUCUGUCCUUCUUCAUUCCCCAUGGGGCUGAAAUGCUCUCAAUCUCUUAAAAGAAAAAAAAUGUAAGCAGAGCCACUGACCUGUGUUCUGCACUGCCAUGAAGAUAAACAAUAAUUGGGUUCCCAUCGCGAAGGGCUGCUUCAUACCAGCCACGGUCCUUCCCCUUGGCAUCUUCCCCCCGGCAGCUGGGGACUGUGUGCCUGAAGAGCAAGGGAGGUUUAAACAAAUGUAGGGAGAGGAAUUCUCCAUCCUUGCCAAAGGCUGAAACUCUCCUUAUGAUAUAUAUACAUAUAUUUUAAUUUUUUAUCUUAGUAAUAUAUGCACAUGAUAAAAAUAAAAAUCUAACACCACAAAGUGUCUUAUAAUGAGAACUACUACUGUCCUACCCCAUGUCCCCAUGCAUAGAGGCAAUCCCCCCACCUUUUUUUUUUUCUUUGAGACAGAGUCUCACUCUAUUGCCCAGACUGAAGUGCAAUGGCAU